AUGAAAAAAAUUCUUUAUCUAGUACAUUACAUUGUUAUCCUAUUUGUAUUAAAUAUCCCAUCCAUUGAAAAUGUUGAUCGUAGUGAUUUUAAAACAUGUGAACAAAGUGGAUUUUGUCGACGACAACGGAAGUAUAAACCAGAUAGAUCAUCAUAUGAAAUAGAUCUUAAUACAAUAAAAAUAGUGAAAAGUGGACAUUUACGAUGUCUACUUCUUGAUAAUACAAAAUCUCAUAUCAAAUUCAAACUAGAUAUUUUUACACUUGAACAUAAUUCACUGCGUGUUAAAAUCAAUGAAAGAAAUCCAAUAAGACAACGCUAUGAAGUCAAACAUAGUCUCGUCGGUGAACCUAAACUUGUUGAUAUGAAUAUAACACACUUGGAUGGAAAUCAAAUUCAAGGUAGUUUUGGUAAAGCAGCUAGAUUUCUACUUUAUGUGAAACCAUUCCGAUUGGAUCUAUUUACUAAUGAUAUGUUUGUGAUAAGUGUGAAUUCAAAACAUUUGUUUAACUUUGAACAUUAUCGGAAAAAACCACAAUCAAAUAAAACCACAACUGAUAACGAUAGCGAAGAUGGUAUGUGGGAAGAAACAUUCAAAACUCAUAAGGAUUCGAAACCAUAUGGCCCAUCAUCAAUCGGUGUGGAUGUCAAUUUUAUUAAUUUUGAAAAUGUUUAUGGUAUUCCUGAACAUGCUGAUGCAUUUUCACUUCGAUCUACACAUGAUGGUGAUCCAUAUCGUCUUUAUAAUGUUGAUAUUUUUGAAUAUGAUCUUCAAAAUCCAAUGGCUCUUUAUGGUUCAGUUCCAUAUAUGCUAGCUCAUAAUGAACAUGCUACUGUUGGCUUCUUUUGGAUGAAUGCAGCCGAAGGAUGGAUCGAUGUUAAUUAUAAUAAAAAUUUAUUUUCAACAGCUACAAAACCGAUCACUGACAAUAUUGGAAUACCAGAAGUAACUACGCAUUGGAUGUUUGAAGCAGGGAUAUUCGAUGGAUUCUUUUUUAUGGGUCCGACAUCAAGAGAUAUUUUUAAACAGUAUACAACUAUUACAGGUGCUGCUCCACUACCGCCGCUAUGGGCGAUUGCCUAUCAUCAAUGUCGUUGGAAUUAUAUUGAUGAAGACGAUGUUCGAGGUGUUCUAAACGGCUUUGAACAACACCAAAUUCCACUCGAUGUUAUUUGGCUUGAUAUUGAACAUACAAAUGGCAAACGAUACUUUACAUGGGACCUAACGAAAUUUCCUAAUCCAGAAAAAUUACAAAAUGAUAUUGCUCUCUAUCGAAGGAAACUCGUUACAAUAUCUGAUCCACAUAUAAAAAAAGAUGAUGCAUACCACAUUUAUAGUGAAGCAAAAGCACGAGGAUAUUUUGUUAAAACUAAAGAUGGACAAGAUUAUGAAGGAUCGUGUUGGCCAGGUUCUUCGAUGUGGCUUGACUUUUUCAAUCCAAAUAUUUCUCAAUGGUAUUCUCAACGAUAUUUAUUGGAAAAUUAUAAAGGUUCAACAGAAAAUCUUUUCCUAUGGAAUGAUAUGAAUGAGCCCUCAGUAUUCAAUGGUCCAGAAAUAACAUUUCCAAAAGAUCUUGUUCAUCAUGGUGGAUGGGAAGAUCGUGAAGUACAUAAUCUCUAUGGCAUGCUUCAACACAUGUCAACAUUUCAAGGUCUUGUGAAUCGUUCGCACGGACAUGUCCGUCCAUUUUUAUUAACACGUUCAUUCUUUGCUGGUUCACAACGUACAGCAGCUGUUUGGACAGGUGAUAAUUCAGCACAAUGGAGUCAUUUAAAAGUAACUGUGCCAAUGCUACUAAGUUUAUCAGUAACUGGUUUUGGUUUCAUUGGAGCUGAUGUUGGAGGAUUCUUUUCAAAUCCCGAUCCGAAAUUACUUGUCCGCUGGUAUCAAGCUGCAGCAUAUCAACCGUUCUAUCGUGAACAUGCACAUACCGAUACAACACGUCGUGAACCAUGGCUAUUUGGUAAUGAUAAUACACGACUUAUACGACAAUCUAUUGAAGAACGUUAUACCUAUUUACCUUAUUGGUAUACUUUAUUUUAUAAGCAAGAACGGCAAGGAAUACCACCGAUGUUACCAUUGUGGGCAAAUUUUCCGAAAGAUAAAAAUACAUUUAAAACAGAAGACUCAUUUAUGAUUGGGAAUGGUCUUCUUGUCUAUCCUGUGACUGAUGCUGAUACUAAUCAAAUUUCAAUUUAUUUUCCCGGUGAAAAUACAAUUUGGUAUGACUUACGAACAUUUAAUUCGUAUAAAGGCUCUGAAACAGUAUUGAUAAAUGUCAAUAUGGAAUCGAUUCCUGCGUAUCAAUUAGGUGGUAUCAUCAUUCCACGAAGAUUAAGAAAACGACGUUCUUCAAUGGUUGCCUUAAAUGAUCCAAUUACUUUAAUAGUUACACUCGAUCGAUAUCUCGAAGCAAAAGGUGAAUUAUAUAUGGACGAUGGUUACACUUAUGAUUAUAGACGAAAACGUCAAUUAGUCUAUCGUCGUUUUAUAUUUAAAAAUAAUGAACUUCGUUCAAAAUCUCUUGAUACUUCAUCUAAAUUUGUAACAGAAGCUUGGAUUGAACGUAUUAUUAUAGUUGGCUAUCCGAAAAAACCAAAUAAAGUGAUAAUUAAUUCAGGUGAUAAACAAGCCACUCCACUUCACAGCUAUCAAGCUGCAACACAUACACUCGUUAUUCGACGACCUGGUCCAUUGGUAACAUCCGAUUGGACACUGACUAUAUCCUGA